UGAAACUACAAGAGUGAAGUAAGGAAGUUGCAUUGGUCAUUGCUGCGUCACCACUCAUACUGACAGGAAGAAAUAGUGCGGCAUAUGUGUCUAGUUUGACAGCUGUGCUUGAUAGUUUCAUACACUCCUCUUGGUCUUGGUUCUUUGUACUCAACUUUGCCUUUUGUCCAAUUGCUUUAACUGCAAACGAAGACAGUUCGGAUAGACCUUAGAUCCAACUUCAAUCAUACAAUUCAAGCUUCUGUGCAUCCUUGUCACCCUUGCACCCUGCUUAUACCCCAGUGGCUUUCGGGGUGUGGGCUGUGGGGGGUAUGAAUGCAGCUCAGGGGCAGAUGGCCCUCAGCGUUUAGUUUAGAGGAGAAGCCAUUGUGUGGGAGACUGAAUGAGCAGUGGAAGGGAGAGGUAAGGUGAAGAGACAAGAGUGUUCUGGAGGUAUGGGAUGCUGCAGUGUGACACAGAGACACACAGGAAUAGAUGAAGUGGGCCCUGAUGAGAUUGAACUCAUGGAAAUCAACAAUGCAGGGCUCUGGAGUCUUGCUGAAUGUAGGCUCCAAAUUUCCACACGAAAUGGCACACAUGAAGAUCCCAGUCACUGCCCCUCUGUCAGGCACCUUAAGAAAGAGGACCCAGAACCUUUCCCUGCAAGGGAGCUGAAACAGCGCCCCAAUUCAAAAAUAGUGCUUUGGGGAUGGACAAAAGAGGAGCUCCAUCAUAGGCUGUACACUCAACCAAUCAGAGAAUGGGAAGGGCAGGCUCCACACACCUACGGAGACAUUAUCCACUCAUCUUCUGUGUAUUUACACAGUGGCUACACGAAGGCUAUGAGCGAACGAUAUCUGGUUUUAUUUUCCUUCCAUCUGUUAAUGCUUGCUUUGGACAGCUCUAAUCAUGAUUUUAUUUAUGAGGGCAUUCUUCCUCUCUCAGCCAUUGAGGUGCGUCUGAUCUCUCAACAGAACCCCAGUUCUCCACAUAUGUUUGAGAUUAGCGGACCUAUGGUGGACUCAAAGAUCUUUGUUUGUGCAAGUGCUGCUGAAACAAAAGCCUGGAUGGAGAACAUUGAAGACAGGAGAUACAAAUGCCUGAGGCAACAACUGAGCCCCCCCCAUAGUACUCUCUCAUUUUUGGUGCCAUGUAAUGAGAGCUGGAAAAGGGAGGAGCUUAAAAGAUAUUUACUGCGGUCUCCCAUCUUGCAAUGGGAGGGGACGGCAAUUCAUCACAUGGGCUAUCCAAAAUACCUUUCACUGGUACACAUCAGCAACGUAUGCUCACAGGACCGGGUUUUGCAGGGACCUCAGGAACGCUUGCUUGUGCUCUUUCCAUUUGACCUUCUCAUUCUGUCUGUUGACUGUCAACGUGUACAAGUAAAAUAUGAGGGUCGUCUGUCACUGAAGAGCAUUAAAGCCUUUGAAAAAUCUGCACUGCCUGGCAGACUGGAAUUUGAACUCACAGGUGAACUGAUGGAGCCUCUGCUAGUCUCCUGUGUUUACCCUGAGGAUUAUCAAAGCUGGAUCUUCCAGUUGCAACAGCCUGAUAAACUGGCAGAUUCAUUGCCACAUCACACCCCUCCACCUCUUAUGCCAAAAAAGCGCAGAAGCUAAAGAAGAUGUGAAGGGAAUCAAAAUGAAUGUGACCAGAGUCUCUCUUUGACCAUACACCAAUCAUUCAUUGUUCCAAAUGAAUGCUACUGAUGACAAAUUAACCUUUUACUGUUUGAUUCCUUUGGAUGUGACAUGUUGUACUCAUAUAAGCAACUCAUUUUCAAUAGCAAGGAAACAGAACAGAUAAUUCUGUUAGACAGUAGUUAGUACAGUCUAUUCUGUUUCUGUAAAUAUCUCUUUUUGAGGAAGGGAAUGGGAACAUGCUUCAAACAAGCACACAUAAGUGCAAAACAUUGUAUAAUAUGAGGACCGAAUGUUUCAUUGAGAUGUAAUAAAUUGCUUUAAUUAGA